AUGUACCACCAGUCACUGUCUCUAGAUAUAGUUAUUCCACAGCUGUACACGUCACCAAUGAUUCUUGACCUGAGCAAAAAUUUACAAAAACAGCUGCAAAAACGUCCUUACAAUCAGUUACUAUCUGUAGACGGCGCCGCCGAAGACGGCGCCGCCGAAGACGGCGCCGCCGAAGACGGCGCCGCCGAAGACGGCGCCGCCGAAGACGGCGCCGCCGAAGACGGCGCCGCCGAAGACGGCGCCGCCGAAGACGGCGCCGCCGAAGACGGCGCCGCCGAAGACGGCGCCGCCGAAGACGGCGCCGCCGAAGACGGCGCCGCCGAAGACGGCGCCGCCGAAGACGGCGCCGCCGAAGACGGCGCCGCCGAAGACGGCGCCGCCGAAGACGGCGCCGCCGAAGACGGCGCCGCCGAAGACGGCGCCGCCGAAGACGGCGCCGCCGAAGACGGCGCCGCCGAAGACGGCGCCGCCGAAGACGGCGCCGCCGAAGACGGCGCCGCCGAAGACGGCGCCGCCGAAGACGGCGCCGCCGAAGACGGCGCCGCCGAAGACGGCGCCGAAGACAGUGCCGAAGACAGAGAAGAAGUACUGCAAGGUGUCGCAGAAAGCUUCCUCACCAAUAUUCACCAUCAUAGGUAUGGUUACAACACAGAUGCAUGGUUCAUGUUUUUUCCUACCAAGGUGAAGAAAUACUGGAAGAGGUUGAAGAAAGCUUCCUUGAAAAAAAAUACACCAUUUUUAGAUACGUUUACUACACAACUGUAUAUAACUACAAUAUUUUUCACCCUAGGUGAAGAAGUACUGGAAGAAGCUGCAUAA